CCGGAGUAGUAUAGAACAACUUAAGACCUUCUGCAGAGGCACCUCUAAAAAGCAUUAUGCGGGUCACUCUGCAAUUGGGCGUAAGAUCAAUAAAUAAAUUAAUCUUCACAAGAUACUCGUAGUUGGGCGUACGAGAAUCCUAUACAUAAUACGCAAACGAAGUCAACGUUACCAAAAAGUUAAGGAUAAACGUACAUGCUUCUUAAAUGAAGUAAAUGAUCGAACUUUGACUCAAAAUUACUUAAAGCUUUACUCAAAAUUGUGGUGACAUACCCCUCACAUCUGAAAGAAUAACACUAUGGAUAAUGGAAAGACUAGAUUCCGAUGGCGGAGUAGCGCAUUGACGUGUCGGGUUUUUGCACUGUUGUUUUUUACGUAUAUGCAAUUUACUAUUUUAUGGGUUGUUUUGUUUUACAUAAAUUGAAUUAAGUUUACUAAUUACACAUCAGGCUGGUAGUAGGUAAAUUAUAUUAACUUAGCUGAAAGAAUAAUUUAAUUCCUCCCCUUUCACUCAUAUUUUAAUUUUAUCACUUCGUGAAUAUUCAUUGAAGUGUGUCAAAGAAAGUUAUACUAGUUUAGUGGGGCCUCUGAGCUCCCAACGUGGGUUCUGUAAACCUCAGGCCAUUUCAACACCUAAUACCGGUCCGCGUUUCCGUGGUCAAUCAGUGCCGAGUACUGCCAUUUAUUCGUUCGCUCGUAGUAGACCGAAGAUUAAGGGCUCAGUCAACGGAAAUAGUUAGCAUAAGCACGCCCUCGGCUUAGUCAUUUAACGAAACAUAAAAUGUCAUACAAAGCCAAUAAAAUCUUGUCUAAAAAAAUUGAGAGCCGCUUGCAUGCUUAGUAGGCAUCCAUCUAGAUAACUGGCAUAAAACUCGAAGAAGCAACCUGACAUGGUUUCAAGAACCCAGGUGUUUUACUAUCACGAUAAGCCAGAACGCGUAACAUCCGGUUGUAUUGUUUAUCAGGCUGCCUUUGCGUACAUGCGAGUGUGUGGUGCGUCGCUUUGGCUUAGAUUAACGGAUGAAAUCCAGUUUGUAAUGCAAGCGACUCGUUUAGUAUUUAAUCAUGAACACACGAACCUCAAUUCUGUGCUAAAAACCAAUUAUUUUGUAGGAUUGUGUGGAACGAAGCACCCGUUACGCUUUGACGUUUACCCGUUUUAAUCAUCAUUCUGUAGAUGAACACCCGGUAUCUAGAAGUGUCUAGAGUUUUAAUCAGGCGCUUCGUUAUGAAAGUGUCGCGUCGAAAGUAUUUGUGUUGGUUGAAGAUAUAAAAGCCAAAGCUAAUUGAUUUAAUUUGUAGAGUUGUGUUCCAUCCGCCUCCGUUACCGUAAUUCACGUGGCAAUUGAUCCGCCGUUUGCAACCGUUCCCAUCAAGAUAUUUCAAUUGUCUUUGUUGCGUCCGAAAGCUGUCCUUUAGAGGUGGAUGGAAAAUUAGUAUUUCAGAAUUUCUCGUUAAGCCAUUAUUAACAGGUUUACGCCGUUAUCAGCUUGAUAGCGCCGACACCACCGGUUGGUCCCAUCAUUCGAACUAACAAUAGAUAUUAAUUGGAUUACUGAUUUUAGAAUUUUCAAUCCGGCCAAUUAAGACGUCAUCAGGCCGCACAAUCAAUCAAAGAAGUCUUAAUUUUUGGAUGUAGAUAGCUGAAUACGCUGGCUGACUGGGAACUUCCAUGGUAUAGCCGAAUUUUAUAUAAGCAGGAUCGCCGGACAACAUUUUACGACCACUACCAUCACGCUGUGUAUUUGCGUUUGGCAUGGAUGAGGAUUUGAACUGUAGAUAGAAAAUUUGAUUUUGUCGCGACCAAAGGAGGGGAAUUUCACACUGCUGCAUUAAACUUAGUAUACAUUACUGAUACAUAGUAAAAUGUCCACUCUACUUUUUCUGUUAUUAACAACAUUCUUUAAAUGUUCAGAAGUAGGCCAGCUGGAGUUAGUAGUAGCUAUUUUCAGGCAUGGAGAUAGAACGAAAGAUGCAAUGACAUUUUACCCCAAGGAUCCUUACAAUAAUGUCACCUACUAUCCGUAUGGUCUAGGACAACUUACCGAUGAAGGUAAGUUGAGGUCAUUUUUCCUAGGACAACAACUUAGAAGGAAAUAUGAUAAUUAUUUGAGUCCGAAAUACACAACGGAGGAAGUGGACGCUGCCAGUACUCAUUACAAAAGAACCAAAGACACUCUCAAAUUUGUUGUUGAGGGUUUAUUCAGCACCGGUGUGCAAAAUCCAAACGAUUGGAAAAUCUUACCGGAAAAAUAUAUCAAUCCAUUUGGCAAAUGCCCGCGAUAUCUUCAAAUUUAUGAGCAGUACGAAAGUUCUGGUGAGGGUCGCAAAGUUUUAGGCAAAUACGAACCAUACUUUCCGUACAUUGUACAACAUACUGGCCUUAAUAUAACAAAACUAUUUGACUUGUUACUUCUUUAUGCCUGUCUACGUAGCGAGGAAGAAUGGAAAUUGAAAUUACCCAAAUGGACGUCACUUGUGUACAAAAAUUACUUGCGCUCUGCCACACAAGACUUCUUUACGAUAACUGCUUCGGUCUCGGCACUGCACCCACUGUACGGAGGUGUCUUAGUGAAAAUAAUUUUGGAUAAUAUGCAUAAGAAAGUUAGCAGCUCAACGAACCACAAGCUACACUUAUAUUCAGUACAUGAUCUUAAUAUAGUUUCACUCUUGGGAGUCAUGAACAUAUAUCGCCCCCAUCUAGUUCCAUAUUCAGCUUGUAUAGUAAUGGAGUUGCACAAGAUAAGCGGAUGGUAUUAUGUAAAGGUACUAUAUCAAAAAUAUACACCAGGGCAUUUUGAAGAGAUGACCAUACCGGGAUGUGAAGUUCUGUGUCCCAUUGAAAGAUUUCGUGAGAUACUUGCACAAAACCUUCCGGGAGAAGAGGAUAAUUGCAACAUAGUGAAUACCAGUUGAAGACAUGUGCACUGUAUUAUAUUUAUGUUUUUAUUUCUUAGUGCCUAUUACUUAUCACAAAACUGAUGAUUGUAAUAAAUAAAUCGAAAUUAAAAGGCUACCACUAUGUACAAU